CCCCCCACGAGUGCACAUACCUUGCCCCUCCCCCCUUGUCCGCGUGUCCACGCCCGGCCGGAUGCACCAGGAUGGCGACCCAUCGCCGGCGGAUUGUUCCCUCGCGCGUUGAUGGGCGAGGGGAAGCCACUCCAAAGGCCGAGCCAAGCCCUGAGGCCGACCAGGUUGGUGACGAUGCCCCACAUACCUCGAUACCCUUGGAUGCUGAAGAUGCCGCACUGUUGGUGGCUGCACCGGCUGGCACUGUGUUACGGGAAACCCUUGUGGAGGUGCCCUUUAUGAUCGCCACGCAGGUUGAGCGGCUGGCCUUGAUGCUGGCCCCGGAAAUGCGUACCUGGGUAUUGUGCCGGCUGGGCGAGGCCGGUCACUCGAUCCACCGGACAGCCGAUCUGCUCAUGGAGCUGGCAGCCUCCUGGGCCGACGCCCCAGCUGGCAGCCCGGCGCCCACUUCGGAGCAGGCCCUCUGCCUGGCGGACCUUCUGCACCUGAUUGACGCCUACAUCGAGGUGCUAGAUACCGCGGCUCAGUGCUCCCUGCACGCGGAGGCCCGUGCGUUGCGGGUGUACUCGGACUUCGUGCAGUCGAUUCAUGGCCCGGGCCCCGGCUCCCGUUCCUCGCAUUCACACCAUCAUCAUGGCGCGGCCCGGGGACGAACCAAGUGCGCUGUGCUGGAGAAUGUCGCGGGCUUGGCUCGGAGGGCUGAAAUAGCCGCCGCGGCCAGCCUCCCUGCAAGUGCUGGACUCGUCCCUGUCGCCAGCCCCGCCAGUCCGAAGACAACGCUCCAGGCCCUAGACCAGUCGCUCGCCCGGCUGGGCUUGGUCAAGGCGGCCAUCGUGUGGGACGACCUUCCGGCACCGGGCGCCUCCUUCGUCAGCCGGCCGGAGCAGCUUCAAGCCAAGCUCCGCCAGGCAGCCCGACGGCCGGCACCCUCUCGCCUCCCUUGGCUGCCGACUCUCCAGAUCGACCUCGAGCGUCCGGCGUCGCCAGCGCCGUCGUCCCCGGCCGGCAGCGAGCCCUUCAUGACGGCGGCCAUGUGGAAUGGGGCUGACGCCGCCCCUGCCCUCCCUCCUCAGGCAGCUCUUCCCAUCGUACUUUCUACCUCGCUUUCACCCUGGGCCGAUCGGUCGCCGCCUGCCCAUGCCCCGCCGCGCGUGUCGGCGGGGCUCUCCUCAUUGCCGGCGAUGACCGCCAGUCCGACGCAGGUGACCCGGUCGCCGACUUCCUCGCCCUUGCCGCCUGGGCUGCACAUCCGCAUCCGCCACCGGCCAGAGGUCAGUCCACACGGCAGCAGUGCCGAUCCCGAAGAGAGCUCGGCCACUGGUGUUCUUUGGCCCGGCGCCAGGGCGCCUGGAGUGUCGGAUGCGCCGCUUGACCGCCGGCACUCCCGGCGGCUCGGCCCUUUGCUGGGCGUCUCGCCGUCGCCACCACUGCCGGCAUCACCGGCAUCGCCGGUGUCCUCGAAAAGACGGCUGUCACUCACCCCGCCACCGGCAUCCUCGCCGCGGGCUCCGGCGCACGACACGCCAGGCGGCCGACCCAAGCGUCUCCUGCGAUCGACGGCCGCGCCCGACAGCCCUCCUUUGCCGGAAUCCCAGCGCCUGACCCGGGCCGCCGCGCGCCGCCCCAGCUUCGGCAGCGACAGCAGCAUCAACAUCACAGACACCUCCUCCGAGAGCGGCGAGGAUGAUGGGGAAUCCUCCUCGGGUGCUGAGGGAUCCUCCUCGGAUGAUGAGGGAUCCUCCAUGGAUGAUGAGGGAUCCUCCAUGGAUGAUGAGGAAUCCUCCUCGGAUGAUGACACCUUGUACUGUACAUGCCGGCGCCCGUCGGUCGGGACCAUGAUCGCUUGCGACCGGCCCGCUCGGCUUGGGCCCUGUCCCUAUGGUGAAUGGUUCCAUUUCCGCUGUGUCGGCCUGUCGCCAUUACGCCCGCCGGUGGGCGAUUGGGUGUGUGCCGGGUGCCAAGCUGACAUGGCCAGGGCCAGGGCCAGGGCCAGGGCUUCAACCAGAAGCCCACGACGGCCACCGUUGCGACGCUCAAGUCGCCGACUCCGGUGACACCCCCGCAAUACAGCCAUCAUCUUGG